AUGUUAAUAGAAGUGGAAACUCUACUGCUUCAAAGCCCUGAACAUCUGGCAAAACAGAAAGAAAUAGACGAGUCUGAGAAGAAAGUAUAUAAUCAAAUCAGGAAUCUGUACAAGAAAGAAUAUGCAAAUGGACCAGGUUACAAUGUGUCAAAUUUGAUGAGCAACAUAAUGAAGAAGUCAAAGAUAGAAUUUCUAAAGAGUGUCAUUAUGAUGAGAAAUGGCGAAGUUCAAUUACAUGCGCGGAAACUUCGAUCCCUGGUUGAUCUCUGUGUUCAGAAAAUAAUAGAUAAUAUAAGAUACCUUGGAAAUGUUGGUUGUGUCGAUCUACAUCUGCUCGAGCAAAUUUUGCCACACUACACAGUUGAUCAGUUGAUGCGUGUGGAGAAAGGCAAGCGAAGUAAGUUUAGUUUCUCGUUUUUGUCAACUAUGUAUGGAGCUAUCACCAGUUGGAAUUCUAUAGAAAAACAGAGUAGGCAAGUACGGCUGUGCACUAAAACUCCACCUUUGAGUAAAAAAAGAUUCUGGGGAGAUGGACCAGGUUACAAUGUGUCAAAUUUGAUGAGCAACAUAAUGAAGAAGUCAAAGAUAGAAUUUCUAAAGAGGUAACUUAUAAUCCUA